ACCUGUAAGAGAAGAAAUAAUGGGCGUAACAAGCACGGACGUGGCCACACCAAGUUUGUCCGUUGCAUCAACUGUUAUCGUUGUUGUCCCAAGGAUAAGGCCAUUAAGCGCUUCACUAUCCGUAACAUGGUAGAAGCUGCUGCCGUCCGUGACCUUCAAGAAGCCUCUGUCUAUGAAGAAUACACUAUUCCCAAGUUGUAUGUCAAGCUUCACUAUUGUGUUUCUUGUGCCAUUCACGCUCGUGUUGUUCGUGUUCGCUCUGCUGUCGACCGUCGCAACCGUCUUCCUCCUCCUAGAUUCAGAUUCCAAAAGAAGGCCAAUUAAAUUAAUUCAAUUCAUUAUUAAUAAAGUUGUAAAUCUAAAAAAAAAUAAAUAAAUAAAUGUAUUCUAUUGAGUGGCAUUGCCAAUUAUUCGAAA